GGCGGCAUCGCGGCCUGGGGACGCGGGCGGUCCACUAGACGCGGCGCCCCGAGAGCGCCCGCCGCGCGCGGACCUGCCUCCUGCGGUCCCGGGCUGCCGGGGAGCGUCCGGCGUUCCCCGAGGGCGGGCGUGUCCGCGCGGCGCGGGGCGGGGGCCGCAGCCUGUUGGAGCGCGCGGGGCGCCGGGCUGGGGGCGCGGGGAGCCCUGCGGGGGACCGCGCGGGCCCCGCUUCCUCUGCGGAGCAGUUUUCUCGAACUCUCCAUCCCCGCCUCAUUGGGGCCCAUCGCUGCGGGGAGAUCCCCUCCGGGUCUGCCGAAGAGAGGAGACUUGUCCAAGACUGAAACUUGGUUAGGUUCUUCAGAACCGAAGACGGGCAAAGGCGAGGCUGCUCCUUAAGUCUGGGUCUGAGCUCCCUCUGGUGGCUUCUUGUAAGGAUGGAAAAGGAGGCUACAGAAAGGAAUGUCAUGAAAAAGGAACAGAGAAGAGAAGACUCUGUUGGUGAAAGGGGAGUUUUCUUACCCAGUCGGAGGUUACUUCAUGAUUGGAGAAGUACCUAGGCUGCUGAAGAGAUUAGAUUUUGAUAGUUGGAGAGAUGGAGCUGAUGAAAAAAGACACGGAAAUGCUUCCUCUGGGUCCUAACAGGCUGAUGAGUAAGCAAGCCUGAAACAGACAGAUUUGGAAUGAAGGCAGGGAUUUUGAGUUUUGUAAAAUCAAGUGGGACUUUGAACACUUGUUGAGGAUGUUUUCCUUUCAAAAAUGGAAGAAGAAAAAAUUCCCAAAGCAAGAAGUGUAAAAAGUUGAGAGGGGUAACACCCGAGUUCAUGCCAGGAAUUUCAGUGCUUCACCGACUUCUUUGGGCAAACCUACGCGAAGACUUGUACACAUGUGGUGAUUUUAUCACCGGUGAUGGUUUCCUGUGCUAGGAAUGACUUCUUAAUUUGGAUUUUGGCGUGCUUUUUCUUUUUUUUUUUUUACAAUGUGUGUUUUGACUCUUCAUGUUAGAUAGAUUUAUGUAAAAGUAAAUCCUGAAUUCAUAGUAUAACUAUCUGUACCACUGUUUACUGCGUGAUAUGGAAAAAUUAGAGGUUUUAACAUUCCUUGAAGUUUCAUUGGAAGCAAAACUGUGUCAGCGUCACAGAUACACAGUGUAAGUUUUCUCUUUUUGGCAACUGUACUUGCUUUGAAUGAGCCGAAUGUCAGCUGGAUUUCACAGCAUAUACGAUUUACAAUCUUGGUUUUAUCAAGGCCUUAAAUGUGUGUUUUAUGCUAAGCAGAUGGGAAACACUUUGAGCACUGUGUUUGACAUGUAUGCCUAAGGAAAGGAACUCCCUGAUGGAUCAUGGCGUUAAUGUUUACAGGACAUUUCUUAUUUUUAGCAUUAGUGAUGUUUGCUUUCUCUACUUUUGAGGAAUCUGUGAGCAAUUACUCUGAUUGGGCAGUUUUCACAGAUGAUAUAGAUCAGUUUAAGACACAGAGAGUCCAAGAUUUCAGACCCCACGAAAAGCUGAAGAAAAGUAUGCUUCGUCCAAGUUUAUAUUUUGAUGCUGGAGAAAUCCAAGCAAUGAGACAAAAGUCUCGCACAAGCCAUUUGCACCUUUUCAGAGCUAUCAGAAAUGCAGUGACGAUUAUGCUGUCCAACCCCACAUACUACCUACCUCCACCCAAGCAUGCUGAUUUUGCUGCCAAGUGGAAUGAAAUUUAUGGUAACAAUCUGCCUCCUUUAGCACUGUACUGUUUGUUAUGCCCAGAAGACAGAGUUGCCUUUGAAUUUGUCUUGGAAUAUAUGGACAGGAUGGUUGGCUACAAAGACUGGCUUGUUGAGAAUGCGCCGGGAGAUGAGGUCCCAGUUGGCCAUUCCUUAACAGGUUUUGCCACUGCCUUUGACUUUUUAUAUAACUUACUAGAUAAUCAUAGAAGACAAAAAUACCUGGAAAAAAUAUGGACUAUUACUGAGGAAAUGUAUGAGUAUUCCAAGGUCCGCUCAUGGGGCAAACAACUUCUCCAUAACCACCAAGCUACUAAUAUGAUAGCAUUACUCACCGGGGCCUUGGUGACUGGGGUCGAUAAAGGGUCUAAAGUAAAUAUAUGGAAACAGGUUGUAGUAGAUGUGAUGGAAAAGACAAUGUUUCUAUUGAAUCAUAUCGUUGAUGGUUCUUUGGAUGAAGGUGUGGCCUAUGGAAGCUACACAGCUAAAUCAGUCACACAAUAUGUUUUUCUGGCCCAGCGCCAUUUUAAUAUCAACAACUUGGAUAAUAACUGGUUAAAAAUGCACUUUUGGUUCUAUUAUGCCACCCUUUUACCAGGCUUCCAAAGAACUGUGGGUAUAGCAGAUUCCAAUUAUAAUUGGUUUUAUGGUCCGGAGAGCCAGUUAGUGUUUUUGGAUAAGUUCAUCUUAAAGAAUGGAGCUGGAAAUUGGUUAGCUCAGCAAAUCAGAAGGCACCGGCCUAAAGAUGGACCAAUGGUCCCCUCCACUGCCCAGAGGUGGAGUACUCUUCACACUGAAUACAUCUGGUAUGACCCCCAGCUCACCCCACAGCCUCCUGCUGAAUAUGGUACUGCAAAAAUGCACAUGUUCCCUAACUGGGGUGUCGUCACUUAUGGGGCUGGGUUGCCAAAUACACAGACCAAUACCUUUGUGUCUUUUAAAUCUGGGAAGCUAGGGGGACGAGCUGUGUAUGACAUAGUUCACUUUCAGCCAUACUCCUGGAUUGAUGGGUGGAGAAGCUUUAACCCAGGACAUGAACAUCCAGAUCAGAACUCAUUUACUUUUGCCCCCAACGGGCAAGUAUUUGUUUCCGAAGCUCUCUAUGGACCCAAGUUGAGCCACCUUAACAAUGUGCUGGUGUUUGCUCCAUCACCUACAAGCCAGUGUAAUAAGCCCUGGGAAGGUCAGCUGGGAGAAUGUGCACAGUGGCUCAAGUGGACCGGCGAGGAGGUUGGCGACGCAGCUGGGGAAGUCAUCACUGCCUCUCAACAGGGGGAAAUGAUAUUUGUGAGUGGGGAAGCAGCGUCUGCGUAUUCUUCAGCAAUGAAGCUGAAAAGUGUAUAUCGUGCUUUGCUUCUCUUAAACUCACAAACUUUGCUUGUUGUUGAUCACGUUGAGAGGCAAGAAGAUUCCCCAAUAAAAUCUGUCAGUGCCUUCUUUCAUAAUCUGGAUAUUGAUUUUAAGUACAUCCCAUAUAGGUUUAUGAACAGCUAUAAUGGCGCCAUGAUGGACGUGUGGGAUGCACACUACAAAAUGUUUUGGUUUGAUCAUCAUGGCAGUAGCCCCAUUGCUAGUAUCCAGGAAGCAGAGCAAGCCGCUGAGUUUAAGAAACGGUGGACUCAAUUUGUUAAUGUUACAUUUCAGAUGGAAUCCACAAUCACAAGAAUUGCAUAUGUCUUCUAUGGGCCAUAUGUCAAUGUUUCCAGCUGCAGAUUUAUUGAUAAUUCCGAUUCUGGACUUCAGAUUUCUCUCAAUGUCAAUAAUACUGAACAUGUUGUUUCCAUUGUAACUGACUACCAUAACCUGAAGACAAGAUUCGAUUACCUGGGAUUUGGUGGCUUUGCCAGUGUGGCUGAUCAAGGCCAAAUAACCCGAUUUGGUUUGGGCACUCAAGCAAUAGUAAGGCCCAUAAGACGUGAUAGAGUUAUUUUCCCCUUUGGAUUUAAAUUUAAUAUAGCAGUUGGGUUGAUUUUGUGCAUUAGCUUGGUGAUUUUAACUUUUCAGUGGCGAUUUUACCUUUCUUUUAGAAAGCUAAUGCGGUGGAUCCUAAUACUUGUUGUUGCCUUGUGGUUUAUUGAGCUGCUGGAUGUGUGGAGCACUUGCACUCAGCCCAUCUGUGCAAAAUGGGCAAGGACGGAGGCCGAGGCAAGCACGAAGUCUUCGUCUCCCGAAGGGCACCACAUUGAUCUUCCCGAUGUUGUCAUUACCUCACUUCCUGGUUCAGGAGCUGAACUACUCAAACAACUUUUUUUCAACAGUAGCGAUUUUCUCUACAUCAGGGUUCCUACAGCCUACAUUGAUAUCCCUGAAACUGAAUUUGAAAUCGACUCAUUCGUGGAUGCCUGUGAAUGGAAGGCAUCAGAUAUCCACAGUGUGCAUUUCCGUUUGCUCCGGGGCUGGCUGCAGUCCUUAGUCCAAGACACAAAACUGCAUUUGCAAAACAUCCAUCUGCAUGAACCCAGUAGGAGUAAAUUGGCCCAAUAUUUUGCAGCGAAUAAGGACAAAAAAAGAAAACUGAAAAGGAGAGAGUCUUUGCCAGAACAAAGAAGUAGAAUGAAAGGCGCCUUUGAUAGAGAUGCUGAAUAUAUCAGGGCUUUGAGGAGACACCUGGUCUAUUACCCAAGUGCGCGGCCUGUGCUCAGUUUAAGCAGCGGGAGCUGGACCUUAAAGCUUCAUUUUUUUCAGGAAGUUUUAGGAGCUUCGAUGAGGGCAUUGUAUGUAGUAAGAGACCCUCGGGCAUGGAUUUAUUCAGUGCUGUACAGUAGUAAACCAAGUCUUUACUCUUUGAAGAAUGUACCAGGGCACUUAGCUAAAUUGUUUAAAGUAGAGGGAGGUAAAGGCAAAUGUAACUUAAAUUCGGGCUAUGCUGUUGAGUAUGAAUCACUGAGGAAGGAAUUAUCAAAAUCCACGUCAAACGCAGUCUCCCUGUUGUCUCAUUUGUGGCUCGCCAACACAGCAGCAGCCCUGAGAAUAAAUACGGAUUUGCUGCCUACCAGCUACCAGCUGAUCAAGUUUGAAGAUAUUGUGCAUUUUCCUCAGAAAACCACUGAAAAGAUUUUUGCCUUUCUUGGAAUUCCUUUGUCUCCUGCUAGUUUAAACCAAAUAUUGUUUGCCACCUCCACGAACCUUUUCUAUCUUCCCUAUGAAGGGGAAAUAUCACCAACUAACACUGAUGUUUGGAAACAAAACUUGCCUAGAGAUGAAAUUAAACUCAUAGAAAGCGUCUGCUGGACACUGAUGGAUCGUCUAGGAUAUCCAAAGUUUAUGGACUAAAUGCUGCAGGUCAGCAGAAAUUUGCACUAAUACUUUCCAACCCAAUUUGUGCAUAUGAAUUAGAAGAGUUUGUUUAUUCUUGUACUGUGGGUGUGUGUGGUGUGUGUGCGUGUUUUCAGUCUGUUACUUGCACAAAGAGAUUAUUUUAAAAAUAGGUACCAUAUUUGGUCUAGCAGGAUUUAUUUUUAUGUCACCACUUUCCUUGCCUUUGUUUCUGAAAUUUUUUCUGCUAAAAUAUCUCUGCUACAGAGGUGUAGAUGAAGUUCUAUCACAGGGAUCAGGAGAGAUGGGAAAGUUUUAAAGGUUUUUGUCUAACUCUCCUCCAUCUGUAACCGUGCUGAUCUGUCUUGGAACCUCAAACACUGCUAAAGGCCUUGAUGGUUGCUUUACCAAAACAUCUCUUGCUUUCAAGAUGGGCUACAAAAGUUCCUUAUAUUUUUUAAAAGGUCUUCUAACACAUUUAUCUUGCACAAAAAGGAAAAAAAGGAAUUCCUCUUACUGUGUAUAAUGUUCAGUGAUGCCACUGAGAAAUGCUAAAAACUGCUAUCAGAACUACAGGAUUUCUUCUGGAAACACAGAUGGAAAUACAAAAUGAAUGUUUUUUUGAGUCAGAAACAGUGACCUGAAAAGUCUUAAAAGUUUUUUAUUUAGAACUAAUAAGGCAUAAGUCUUUGAACAAUCUGGGUGCCAAGGGCUGGUAGAAUAUUUUCGACCUGCUUGUCUGUUUAAAACUCUCCUUUCUCUUUUGCCUUGUUGAAGCUACAGCUGUUCGCAAUCACACCACUCCCACCCUAUCCUUUCUGUCACUGUCAUGCAAAACAAUCAGUAGUUACUAAUUGCUAAACUCCCAAUAUUUGUGGGGAUUUUUUUUCCUGAUGAUUAAUUUUGCAUUAAAGCCUGACACAGAAUCAAAUGUCUUUUUGAGGAAUUAUCACUGUAUGACUCAAAGAAAGCAGUGCCACUGCUGCCAGUGUUUUUUUAGACUGGAAAGAGAGUUGGAAAACUGCCUGACUUGCAUCCCUUUGAAUGCGUUUACAGACUGCCAGUGUCUGCAAAAGUUGAAGGCAAAUGGGAGAUGAUGUCAGAGGCAUCUGUUUCCUUUACCAUCUGCAUCUUAUUAUAAAUGGAGUCAUAAAAUGUGGUUCAUUUUAUUUUGGUAGGCUCUGAAAUCAAAAUGCUAUGCCGUUAUAAGUCAGUGGAGUAAUUACAAUGUAUUGGAUGAAAACUAUCAGGCAGUGUCGAGACUUGAUGAAAAUCUCUGUACAGAUUGCAGUUUUCUUCCUGAUGUUUCAAACUGUGGUUCCCCCACGCUCUCUGACGCUUGGGAGUCUGUCAUUCCGACCUAGAUAAAAGUGGUUCUUUGUCAGUAGUUUGUUAUUAUGUCAAAAUGUGCCUCCAAAGUGAUAAAGCUGUGGAUAUGUUACAUCCCAGCAACCCCUCACCUGGCUGUCAUUUUUCUCCCAUCAUCGUGUGAAUGCAGACCGCUCCUCUUCCCGCGUAUCUGUUUCCUUCCCGUAGCUCUCACUGCUUUCUCCCUGCAGUCAAAAUUGAUGAAAAUCAUAUUCUAUUAAUAUAGAUUCAGAGGGCAACUGAAGACCUGAAUCUACACUAUUUUUCUCAAGGAAGAUUGUUCUUUCUAUCUCAGGGUUAUCAACAAGCAUGUAAAAUUGCUACUUGGAUGAUUACACUGUUUCCAUUAUUGGGAAGAAUCUCACUGUUGGCUUUCAAUUCCCAGGAUAUGUGAUCUCGAAUCAGAUCAAAUAAAAAGGCUUUGGGUUGGCAGUAGUGUUAGGUCUGAUCAAGGUAAGCAUUACAAAUAUGUGCAGGAAACAAAGAAGAAGGCGGGAACUACCACUGACUUUCUUUUAACGUUGUACAGAAGCACACCCACAAGCAGAAGGGAGCCAGAUUGAGUAUGUGGAGGAAUUGGGGGAGAGAUGGGGAAAAAUGAGAGAGAGUAAUUCUGUGAAGGAAUAUGGGAACCUGUUAUGGAUAGCUGAAUAAAGGGACACACUUUACAAAAUGGUCUUCACGGUGUACGCUAACUUUCACCACUAUGUAGCAAUGCCAAGGUGAAUUUCCAUCUCUACUCACCCAUUCCCAACCCCAGGGAAAGUUUGCUGGAGGGGGCGAUUUCUCUAUGCAGAUUCCCCAGUGGACAAUGUUAUGUAUGGGUGAGGGAUGACACAGCCGUUGGAUAUGCGUGCAUGUGUUGUUGCGUGGGACCCCCUGGCUUAUAAUCUCAGCACGUAACGUGACCGACUCCCAGAAUAUCCAGGCCCUGCACUCUUAGGGUGUUAGCCUAGGAAAAAGUCAAAUAGCCUCUACACUUAAGUUUUAAUCUUAUCAUCUUGAAAAUAAAGGAACGAUUAUCACUAUGUGACACUUCUAAAGGAAACACUUGUAAAAGGUCCUCUCUGUAAAAUCAAACCUAUUCUUCAUUAACUUACCCAAACUUAGGCCUAACUGGGAUAAAAGCUGUUAUUCAAAUAAUAGCAUAUAAAUCUUGAAAUUUUGAAUGUGUUAAUUUUGCUGACAAAAGUAACAAAAAUAAAUGUAGUGGUAAUAGUUAAUCUGGUUUUCAAAAGUUUGAAAUAAGGCAGAUUACUCAUUUAGGAUUAAAUAGGCCAUAUCCAGAAUUGAAAUUACUGUAAUAAAAAUUUCAGGAGAGGAAAUGGGAUAAUCUAUUCAGGAGAAAGAAGAUAAAUCUGUAAAUAUUCUUUAAUUUAUAGAGACCUAAAGAGGCACAAGUUUUAAGGGUCUGGUACAAGAAUACAUGCAUGUGAGGCCUAGACCCCAAAUAUUAGACAUUCGAUUGGCUGUCUUUUUAGACAAACAGAAGAAUUAGUAAAGACCUGGCAAGAAUGAGAUGUCAAAUUCCCAGACAUGGCGGAGGAGUUGCCUGUCGUUCGAUCCUCAGCAACUGUAUUCAGAGAACAACGUCUCCUCCACACACACUAGCUUGUCUUAAAAAUUUCUCUUUUGUGGAAAUGCCACCCCUCGUCUCUGUCACUUGCUUUUGAUUGACAUCAUUUGUCUGCAGUUUUUGGUGCAUCAUCAAAGAUCCUAGACAUUCUUGAUAUAUUAAGUGUAUCACAUUCCAUUAUCUGUGAGUGAGUAAACACUAACAGUAGUUUUG